AUGUCAGUUGUGGAUGAGUCUGAGCGUACAAUUAUGAGAGCUCAGGCACCGUCACAGUUGGUCUCAGCCACCAACUGCAGUAUUCCCCAGAAAAUUUCGCACGGUAGUACUCCAGUGAAUGUGGUUUCAUCACCUUUGCCACAGCCCUCUUAUUUGCCUCGAGCCGCUUCAAAAGUUAUAACCAUCCGUCCGUCGUCCUCUACCACAACGCCAUCAUCACAUGCUCUCUUCAAACCUUAUGAUUUUGCUCAAUUGGGCAGCGGUCCAAUGGCAGUUGUUUAUCAACAAUUCCAACAACAACAACAACAACAACAGAUAGUUGCAUGUCAAGCACAAGUGCCCUCAGCCGUACAACAAACACAUUCAGUUGUAUCGUCGCCAUCACUGUCAGUGAAUCGCAACCACCGUGCAUGUGCCACAGCUGCAGUUGGUGAUGAACAACGAUCCAGUUCAACAUCACCGUUAUCGUUCAGUACGUCGCCAGCCCCGAACGGUGCGGCUGGUAUGGCUGCUGCAUUUGACUCACGGUAUUAUUCGCAAAUGUGUGUUCCUCGUAUGCGAUCGGUCAUUUCACGGUCGUCCAAUUCGGCCUUCUCGUCUUCAUCAUCAGCAUCCCCACAACAACAACCUCAUCACUACAGCACUUCGAAUACGAAUAACGUUACUACAACUCCUGCAAAUACUUCCUUAAGAGUGAACGCAAACUCGAGAAGUACUCCUGUAAGUAGUGCGGAAGUUAAUGAUUCAACUCGAAUUUGUUCAAUGGGACAACAGACAUCAAUUGGCGUGGCGUCUUCCUCUGCAUCCGUCUGUCCACGAUACGCACCUGUAAACGGGUAUAAGCCAAACGCUGCUAAGGGAUCUUCAUCUUCAUCGUCGACCUUUCAAACGGUCGGUAAUUGUUGUGUGAUACUUCCUCAAGGCGUAAAGAGUGAUGCAACAAGCGCCAAACAGUCGGGCUUAUCCUCCAACACCCAUCCCUCGCUGCUCAACACUUCUGCGACGGCCACAACCACCAAUCAGCAGUCUUCGUCUGAUAAUUGUGUCGUUUUGCCGCACUCGAACAUGCAUACGAUUCCCUCUUCGAAUUCCACCCCCAUCUCAACACCAACCGUUACAACACCCUCACAUGCUGGCCCUAGUCCUAGACCAAGUAUUUUACGCAAAACUCGUGAUCCUUCUUCAUCAGCUGGUUCUGCUGUACGUCGUCUCGUAAUGUCGGCAGAUGCUCCUUCAUCAAGACCUGCAUCAUGUACCAGCAGUUUCAGCUCUUCACCAGUGCUUCCCGAUGAUGCAAGCUGUUCAACCAAAUGUGCCUCAGCCAACAGUGAAAUUCGAGCACUCAGUGCAACUCCUUCUUGUAAUUACGAUUCAUCUUUCACAACUCACUUCAACGAUACAAUUGUUCGUGAUUCGAACACAGCUUCCCAAGAAAGUGGAGCCGUAACGUUCUUGAGGGUAGGCGAUAGUCCGCAACGUGCAUCUGAGCCUGAAACGCCAAGGAAACGCUUACGAAAGCAGCAGUUCGACUCAUCUCAGGUGUCUGAUAAAAUAAAGAUGGAAGUGAGCGUACAUGUUGAUGCUACCAAAGUGGACUAUCAGAAAGAGGAGAUCGCUCUUUGGCGAUUGGCGCCACCUGGACAAACAACCGAAAAUAUUCCAGUGCCCCAUGGAAAGUCAAAUGAGAAAAAGCGGCGUGGACGACCUCGAACAGAAUCUCGAAUUGGCACAGCAGAUCUAGUGGCAAUCUCAACCGGCGAUUCGGCAGUUUCUGCCCCAUCUUCGCUGAAUUCAGCGGCACCUAAACCAAAGAAAGCUCGCAAAAAUCAACUAGUAUCAAGUAGCUCUGAUCAGGGAGAUUCGGUGGUGCAUGCAGAUAUCAGUGACAACGUUGACACGACCACUGGCGUUGUGGCCAGUAAUAGUGAUCAGCCAUCGAAAAAGCGUUUGACCACAAAAGGAUUGUCAUCAUCGCGUUCAGCCAAAACCAAGAAAUCUGUUCGUUCUGCAAAUGAAACAGCAGAAGCCGAAACAGCCGCGAAGACUCUUAGUUGUUUCUUUCAAGAAAUUCAACGCAAAACGAAUGAAGUGGUUGUUCCUUUAGCAAAAGAGAAACCAAAAACUGAACCACCUGAUGAUGCAUGUGUAACAACAAAUCAUGAUGAGGAGACGACGACGUUUUCCAAUCAUUCUGGUCUCACCGACAACGAUGAUUUAUGCUCGCUUUCUAGUGAUAUGUCUGAUAUGUCUCUCGAAUUUGCAUCUCAUGAUGACGAAGUGCAUCGCUUUGGAACGAUCCCACCGAAAGUUGACGACUUAUCGUUGGAUGGCGAAUCAGAAAGUGGCUCAAAAGCAGUGUAUAAACGUCGGCCAAAUCUUCUUAGUGGUUAUAAAAUGCCAACAAACACUAAACUUAGUCAUAUCGAACGCCCUGAAUGCGCGAAAGCUUAUAUUGAAAGGGCACGACUGUUGAAGGCAUCUAGGAGUAGUUUAAAAACGAUGCGACGGUUGGCACGAGAAGAUGAAGCGAUACGUCGUGUGCAGAUAAAGAAUAAAUUGUUCAGUGAAGCAUCUUCGAGCGGCAGCACCUUAACCAAUGGCACAACAUCGAGCUAUGUUGAUCGCAAAUACGUACGAACUAUGCCGCAUUUAUCUAACGAAGAACUGUGCUCCAAAACGAAUGCGUUCUUUGAUGAAGAAGCGUCACGCAGUCAACUUGGAUAUGAUGAAAUGAACAUUGUUGCACAUCAUCGAUCAUCAACUCAUGUCAAAAAAUCAAACGAACGCCUUACAGCGGCUGUUACUGAAUGUUGCUGCUCUUCAAACGUUGAUUAUAUGUCACAGUCAGAGUCAUCGCGCCAUCAGGCAAACAAAACAAAUUACGAAUUUAAUCGUGCGACUUCUUCAAAACAAAACGUUAUCAGUGAUGUGCUGAAUUCAGUGAUUGAUCAAGUAGUGGAUUGGACAGAUGUGAACGAAAGUGGCUGUAAAGAAGAACUUUCGGGGAAAGUAAAAAAGAAGAAAAGGCAUCGAAUAAUACGCUCUACGUCGAUGAGUGAAUCUGCUUCCGGUUCAAUGUGUGCAACAGCUUUGAUGGAUUCCAGUGAUACUUCCGAUAAGAAAUGGUAUUCAUUGAUGCAAAAACGAUCAGUUGACAAUAAGUCGAAAUUAAAAUCAGCAAAAGAUUGUGUUGAUGAAGGUAUCGGGGAGAGUGAAAAUAUGAAGAAAAUGUUCGAUAACUUGAUUGGACAGCAUCACAACGGUGCUUAUGACGAUGAUUAUUUGUCAAUCGAGCAAGAGCGGCGUGAACUGGAGCUGGCGUUGAAAGAUUUGAAUCGAAAAAAUUACACAUCGAAUUCAUUUGUUACUGAUCCAGCAACCAUGUUCAAUGCAACUCAUGAACGAUUACUGACUGUGGAAAGGAACGAAGCGGAAAAUGAAGAGGAUAUGUUACGAUUGAUGAUCGAUUUUUUACGAGUGACCGACCGGGAGAGUUACGAUCAGCUGCUUGAUGACAUCGAAAAGGAUUACGAUUCGGAUGACGACGAGUCGACUCGUCAAAUGAAAAGACGGCGCCGAAUAGUCGCGUUUUCAGUGCAAGUACCACGUACAACUCCAUCACUAGCAAAACGUGAUCUGUAUAACGCAACUCGAGCCACCAACUUCCAUCCUACUACAGCUGAUAUCAAUCAACUCUUUGGGAUGGGAAGUGGUUAUUAUCGAGGGCAUUUGAGCUCGAAAAACCCGAAAGCAUAUGUGUAUUUGGAUCGUAAAGGGAACCGAGUAAAAGAACGUUUCGACGUGCGUCGUUGUCGCGAUUAUGAGUUCAUACACGAUUCCGAAAUGGAUGAUUUGCGAGUGAAUUUGAGUGCUGAUCUGCUGAAGGAUGAAUACGAGAAUGAGUUGGAUUUGAUGCUCACUCAAUAUAGGGUCGAUAACCCGGAGGAUGAUUGUUGUGUGGAUGAUGAAGAAGCAAGUGCAACGAAUGGAUCAUUAACGAACAGUUUUGGUUCGAUGAGCAUUGAACGACGCUUCAGUGAAGAUGAAAGUAAAAACGUUGAAUGGUCGUCGUUUAGUGAAGAGAUGAGCAAAAAAGGACAUGCUGAUGACGAAUGUGAUGAACUCCAGAAGCCGUCCUCAUCGAUCAUGGCAGCCGUAAACGUUAAAAGUGAAGAUGAUGGCGAUAGUGAUGUGGAAAUAAUUGGUGAGAAAAUAAUCAGAAAUGGCGAUAAAUUGAAGCGACAAAAUGUGCCAAAAAGGAAACACGAUCGACAUGAAUUGGAACCGAUGAAUAGUGACGACAAAUACUAUGCAAAUGGCAGCAGUCGAGUUCCUCCCAAUCAGCUCAUUUCAAACUCAAGGACGUUAUUCACAUACUCUGAAUGUGCUCAACUGAAAAGGCGGGCAAAUAAUAUACGCGAAAUGUUUGCCACAUUGAUGCAUACGUUACGUGUUAAUUCAUAUUUGGCCAGUUCAGCCAGUGAAGUUUUCAGCGAGCAUGUGAAUGAGUUUGUUUUCAAUCGAUCGCAGUCGAUGAUCAGCAGUCCGGGCGACACAUCGAAAGGUUCGAACUGUUCGUUUACAGAUGCUGCAGUUGCAGGUCCUUCGAGGGAAUAG